AUUUAUUUGCAGUAGUAGGAAAAUUUUAAUAUUGAACCUCAGUUUAUUCUUAUAGUGACAAUCUGCACUUUUUUUUUAUUCAGUGGUUUAAUGUCAUUGAUAUCAUUUUGACUUCAAAACUAAAAACUUACUCCAAAAAAGCCACAAUUAAUUAUAAUGAUUAAUCUAAACAAAUCCAAAGAUGACGAACUCGAACAAUUUAUUGAUUCUUUUGACACCGUCAUAACUGAUUGUGAUGGAGUCCUAUGGCAUGAAAAUAAUCCAGUCCCAGGAGCCUCAGAUGUUGUUAAUGCUUUUGUAAAACUAGGAAAAAAAGUAUACUACGUUACAAAUAAUAGUACAAAGACUCGUGAUGAAUUUCAAGAGAAAUGUAAAAAAUUGAAUUUUUAUACAGAUAAUGAUUGUGUUCUCAGUCCAUCUUAUCUACUCCCUAGAUACUUGAAAACAAUAAACUUCAGUAGAAAAGUAUAUUUAAUUGGUUCUUCAGGAAUUGCUAAUGAAUUAACCAAAGCCGGAAUCCCAUUUAUUGGUUUGGGGCCAGAUCCGGUUACAUCACUUGAUUUAUCAUUUUCUGAAUUUAAACCUGAUCCUGAUAUUGGGGCAGUUGUGAUCGGAUUCGAUUUACAUUUCAAUUAUUUAAAAAUAAUGAAGGCAGCUACAUAUUUGAAAAAUAGAGAUGUAUUGUUUAUUGCAACAAAUACAGAUGAGCAAUUUCCUGGAGGAAAUAAUAUCAUCAUUCCUGGUACUGGGAGUUUAGUAAGAUGCGUAGAAACAUGUGCAAAUCGUAAAGCAUUGGUGAUAGGUAAACCAUCGCUACUGAUGUCGGAAGCUUUGAUAGCAAACAACAAAAUAAAUCCAUCACGCACAAUAAUGAUUGGGGAUCGUUGUAACACAGACAUAUUAUUUGGAAAACGAUGUAAUUUUUCUACUCUAUGUGUACUAACUGGUGUCACAACAGCAGAACAAUUAAAUAAUUGGAGCAAUUCUCUGGAUCCAAGAGAAAAAGAGUUGGUUCCCAAUUAUUAUAUAAAAUCAUUAGCUGAUUUACUACCUCACUUACAAAACAAAAUAAAAUAAUUACUCUUAUUUUUUGAUAAAACAGUUAUUAUAAUACAAACAAUACAACAGUAUAUAAUUUGUCAAUUAUGUAGAAUUAUCCUUUAGUACAUGAAUGAGAUAAUGUAUUUUUGUUUAUCAUAAAAAAUUAUUUGUCACAAAAAUGGCCUAAAUAUAGAUAAU